AUGGGUAAGGACCAAGAAUCUCCACAGCAAUACUACAUUACGCCAGAAAACUCUACUGAAAAUUUGGGGGCGGAAAUCAAGCUAAAAACUACUAAUAAUACCUCUUCAAAUAAUGAGCCCCUAUCAAGGAAACCAAAAAAAUAUGAACAUAGGAAAGAAGAGGAGCCUCCAUAUUAUUUUUUAUUUACGACUUACUUGUCGUAUCUGGUACUAAUAUGUUUUGGACAUUUGCGAGAUUUUUUCGGAAUGAGAUUUAAAAGGGCGAAUUAUAAACACUUGAGAGAACAAAAUGGUUACGCGCCACUAAAUUCCGAUUUUGAUAAUUUUUAUGUUCGUCGCCUUAAAUUAAGGAUUAAUGAUUGUUUCAGUCGACCAGUAACUGGAGUACCCGGGAGGAAAAUCAAAUUACUUGAUAGGAAAACAAAGGAUUAUUGCAAAACAUUUCAAUUUACCGGUCAAAUCAAGGAAUGCUUAAAUUUGAGUAGUUAUAAUUAUUUGGGAUUUGCACAAGCUGAGGGUGCAUGCGCUGAUGCGGUCGAAAACACGGUUAGAAAGUAUGGAAUUGCUGCUUGUAGUCCUAGAGCUGAAGUUGGCACUUUAGAUAUCUAUCAGAAGGUUGAAUCACUUAUAGCCAGAUUCGUAGGGAAACCAUCAGCGAUCAUAGUUUCGAUGGGAUACGCUACAAACAGCACAACAUUACCAGCAUUAGUUUCCAAAGGUAGUCUAAUUAUUUCCGAUGAACAUAAUCAUAGUAGUUUAGUGUUUGGCAGCCGUCUUAGUGGUGCAUUUAUACGUGUAUUCAAACACAAUGAUAUGGAAGAUUUGGAAGCACUAUUAAAAGAGUGCAUUAGUCAAGGGCAACCGCGUACACAUCGUCCAUGGAAAAAGAUUUUGGUAGUGGUGGAAGGACUUUAUUCGAUGGAAGGGACAAUUUGCAAUCUCCCAAAAAUAGUUGAAUUAAAGAAAAAAUAUAAGUUUUACUUGUAUGUCGAUGAAGCUCACAGUAUUGGUGCUUUAGGAUCACGUGGACGAGGUGUAUGCGAUUAUUUUGGCGUCGAUCCGAACGACAUUGACAUUCUAAUGGGAACGUUUACGAAAUCUUUUGGCGCUGCCGGUGGAUAUAUAACAGCUAAUCAAGAUAUAAUCGAUCACUUGCGUCUUCAAUGUCACGCACCUAUUUAUGCAGAAUCCAUUACACCGUUAGUUGCACAACAAAUUUACUCAUCAAUGACGAUUAUUAUGGGUGAAGACGGAACAAACGAAGGUCAACAACGGUUAGAUCGAUUAGCUUUUAACGCUCGUUAUUUGAACUUGAAUUUAAGACGACUGGGAUUUAUCACCUACGGCGAUAAUGAUUCACCAGUUAUUCCAUUAUUGUUAUUUAAUCCAGCGAAAAUUCCUGCGUUCUCGCGUGAAUGCCUAAAACGAAACAUUGCCGUCGUAGUAGUCGGAUACCCGGCUACCCCUGUAAUUUCAUCGCGUGCUCGUUUUUGUGUUUCUGCCGCGCACACCAAACAAGAUCUCGAUGAGCUCUUGAAAGCGUGUGAUGAGAUCGGAGACAUUUUGCAGCUGAAGCUGUCACAACAGCCAUCUCGGUUCACUAUUGAGCAGGUAUUACGAGACGGUGAAAAGGCAAUAGUAACGCCUUCAGAUGCGGCCGGUGGAGUAACUGUCGUUGAACAGACUGUUGUUGAACCUUCAUCUUGGAAAAUAUUUGAACCACUUUCUAGUAAUUUGAUAAAUACACCUGAAUCGAAAGUUACUAGUAGUAUGAUAAAUACACCUGAAUCACAAAUUACUAGUAAUAUGAUAAAUACACCUGAAUCACAGAUUACCAGUAAUAUGAUAAGUACACCCGAAGAUAUGCAAAUGGAAAUGGAUAUAACUCCAACGCAGUCAGUUACAAUAACUGGCAGCAAUCCCCAACCGGAAACAACUGGUCCAUUUCCUAGUUCUUCAACUACUGAUGUGCCCGUUUUGUCACUGAACACGGAUAUAAAUUUCAUGAACGGCAAAAACAUCGAAUUUGGUAAUUCGUCUUUCCAAUCAGCACCAAUUUCACAAUUCACAUCAAGGCCCUCUAGCCAGCGAAUUAAAAGAACACAUUCAUCAACAGUAACUAAUGAAGCAGAGCCAGCAUUUAACUUUACCUCGUUACCAUCAACAAAUGGAUCUGUAUUUCCCUCUUUACAGCCAUCAACAAACGAACCUAUUUUUAAUUCGUUUCAACCACGACCAACAGAAACAAAUAAACCUAUUUUUUCUUUUCAACCACCAACAAAUGGAUCCGGAUUUAAUACUUUCCAACUACCACAAGCAACAAACGAAUCCGGAUUUACUGCUUUCCGACCACCACAAGUAGCACCGAACGACUUUGGAUUUACUGCUUUCCAACCACAAGCAGCAACUAAUGUUUUCCAACCACAGGCAGAAUCCGGAUUUACUACCACCCCAUUUGGUAAUGGGGUUCCUUCAGCUACUAGUAAUGGUGCUCCCCCAGCAACAUUUACAUUCAAUCAGAAUCUUACUACCAAUUCGUUUUCCGGAAAUAACUUUGGGACCAUUUUCCAAGAUGCUACUAACGGAAAUGCACCGCCCCAUAGUAUAGCAUUUAAUUGA